AUACAUGGAUCAUUCAGGUCAGGCACGACUUGCAUUAGCAGAGGCACCUAAUGAGGCCCUUCCAUCUGAUUGUAGACCAAACUUCUCUGCUGCAUGGUUGACAAAGGAUAAAUUCAAGGUAAACAAGACUUAUGAGUGUUGGUACACAUUGGGAAUAUCUAAAGUGCACAUAUAUGAAGAUGGCUUUUUUGAUUGCCAAGCAAAAGAUCCAUCAACUAUUGAGAUGUUUAUUCGCUAUUUAAUCUUGGGAAAAAAGGAAGGGAAUGAGCAGAGGGACAAGGAGAGAUCUGGAUUGUAGAUCAACAGAAAGGGAAAUGGUCAACGAACCAAUUGAACCAUAAGUAGGUGGUGAUCACGUGGUUUUGCAGCUCAAUUGGAGGUGGAGAAAGGGAAAAAGAUGAAAUUGUAGCGCAACAAGAAGGAAAAGGGAACAGUGGGAUCACAGUGAGAAGGGCAUCGGGUUUGUCUGAGAAAAAUGGACUUUGAUCCGUCUACCAAACGGCCCUUUACGGAAUCUCAUCCAUCAUCAAGCACCUCCCCAAGCACCAAGUUAUAAAAUAGUCUUGCUUGCUACUUCAAUUCUGUUGCCUUAUUAUUUAUGCACUGUUCUUUUAUUAUCCGUUGUUUCAGCUUUGAAACUUGGGGAUAAUGGGCCCGUCCUUCUAACUUCUCUACUUAGAUACUGAACUUGCUGCAAUAGCUCGGUGUCGAACUCUUUGCAUUUCCUGGAUGAAAUGGUUUCCUCGAACUCCUUUUUGAGAUUAAACUUACCUUAGUUUGGGAUUGAGGCACGGAACUGGUUUAGAGGUGACAUUCUCUACACUGGUAAUUUGAACUGAACAUGAAUAAGCUCAAAGUAUGGAGUUAGCUUAGAAACAGUAACUCUGCAUCUGACUUACCUGAAACUGGAAUUUGAUAUAUUAGCUUAGAAAUUGGUCUCUGUUAGCUUGCUAAAGCUAACUAUGCAUCUGACAUUACUUUAAAUUGGUCAGGACUGAAAUAUUAGCUUAUAUAUUCUAGUAGCCAGCCAAGAAUAAAUACGAUUCCUUGAGUCCUGGUUGUCAGUUUGCUAGGAGUUACGGUUUCCAUGUUUCUUUCUACACCCUAUAGGUUUGUGAAAAAUUAAGAUCAAACAGUAUGAAGGUCAUACUCACUAACAUUAAUUGUUUUGGUUUCUAUAGCCAGCCUGAUUCAUUUGUCUUAAUUGGAUAUUAUUG